ACUUUGAGCCAUGCUGCUGCUGCUGCUGCUGCUGCCACUGCUCUGCUUGCUACCUUCAGUGAAACAACAGACUCCUCCUCCUGGUCGAUGUGAUAUCCUGCAAAGGUUGGAGGUACAAACAGACUGCACUUCCUGUGCUGCUGCCAUCACUGCGAGCUGCCCCCGCGGCUUCAGCAGCAUUGGCAUCACCAACUGCAGUUAUGUGGUGAACAUCGGCAGCAGGGAGCUGCAGCUGGAGGGAUGUCAGCACAUCUGUGUGAAGAACGUCAUGCAGCCAAAGUGCUGCCAACAGCACUGGGGACCGCUGUGUCUCUCCUGCCCCAGCUGGUCUGGGAAGACCUGCAACAAUAAUGGGGUCUGUCAGGAUGGAGACCUGGGCAAUGGAACCUGCAUCUGUAAUGAUGGUUUCACUGGCUUUGCCUGUCAGGAGUGUAAGAAUCCAAAUGCUUAUGGAGAAAAGUGUGAUAAAGUGUGUGACUGUAAACAUGGAGUGUGUAAUAAAGGUCCUGAAGGUGAUGGAGAGUGUUUGUGUCAGCCACCAUACACUGGGAAGAACUGUGACCAAGAGAAUCGGAGGUGCAACAAUUGCAGCCCGUAUUCAUACUGUAAAGGAGAGGGAGACGCCGCCGUAUGUGAAUGUUUGCCUGGAUACAGGAAGACGCCACAGAACAAAUGCGCAAGUGUUUGUUCACAGAGGGAUUGUGACGUUAAUGCCCAGUGCUCCUCUCGGGGGUUAAAGGUCAGCUGCGCAUGUAAGCCCGGCUACCUGGGCGAUGGCAAAAUCUGUAUACCUCAGAACCCUUGCUUAGAUAACAACGGGGGCUGUCCCUUGAACUCCACAGUUUGUGUCUUCAAAGGAGCCAACAAGUCCAGUUGUGCAUGUAUGUCCGGCAUGUCGCCUAUAGGUGGCAGCCCUGAGUCUGGCUGUCAGCUUGUCUCCGCCUGUUCGGUGGACACCUGUGACCCCACAGCUCGCUGUCAGACUGAACUGAAUGGCGAACCCAGAUGUGUUUGUGAAGUGGAUCAGAUCAGUGAUGGCCGGCGUUGUUAUGGUAACCUGAUGGAGCGCGCCAUGGAGCUGGACCGGAGCGGCAGCUGGCGAGGAAACUUUACUGGAGCCAUUUCCAUGUUCGAGGCAGGCUGUCCACGUCUGCUGAAUCAUAACGGACCCUUCACAGCUUUCAUCCCCCUGCUGAAAUCACCUCUGCCUGACUUAAAUCAGGAGACAGUAUGUAAAAACCACCUGAUCCUGGGUCAGUACCUCUACAGGGAUCUGACUGGUCGAGACUUCAACCUGUACGGAGGAUCCAAGCUGAGGACCAAAGAAAACAAGAGGUUCAUCUUGCUGGACAACCCCAGAAAACUGUACUCUGUCAUCCAGCAAGACCUGCCAGCAUCCAAUGGGAUCAUUCACAUCAUAGACCAGCCCAUCACACCCACCGACUCCUCCCCUCAUGAUGAACAGUUUGCUGAUUUGACAGUUGGAGAGAUUCUGACUAAGGACGACAAGUACAACCGCUUCCUGUCUUUGGUUGAUAACUGUGGGGCACCGCCACCGUUGCGGGGGCCAGGACCCCUCACUGUGUUCAUCCCCACCAACCAGGCUGUGGACCGAGCCCGAGAUGGCAGCAUCCUGUACAUGCUGAAUGAUGCCAAAUAUAAACUUCAGGAACUCCUCAGACACCACGUGUUUUCCCAGGCUGCGCUGACAGUUGAUGAUCUGAGCACACUCUCUCGGAUUCAGACGAUGGCAAAUCAGAUGGUCAAAAUCGCUGCAUCUGAGGACGGCGGGAUCGUAUUGGGUGAGAAGAGCAUCCGUUUGAUGAGCACCAACAUCGUGGCAUCCAAUGGAAUCAUACAUAUGAUUGACGGGCUGCUGUACCCGCCCUCCAUCCUUCCCAUCAUGCCUCACCGCUGUGAUGAUGUUGACAGCAAGAUCACUGUGGGUCCUUGUGUUCACUGCAGUUACCUCUCUGCGACCCAGUGUCCAGAAGGCAGCACCGAGCUGGGUAGUCAUCUGAGCGACUGCGAGUACGUCACAUCUCCUCUCAGGCCAUCGCUCAGCAAAGGCUGCGCCAAAUACUGCAACACCACCAAACAGGUAGCAAAGUGUUGUAAAGGUUUCUAUGGUCCGGACUGUAAGCCCUGCAUCGGAGGAUUUCAGCAUCCAUGCUACGACAAAGGAACUUGCUCUGAUGGUAUCCAUGGUAAUGGCUCAUGUAGCUGUCAGGCAGGCUGGACGGGUAUUGCCUGCCACAUCUGCUCAGAUCCAAACAAACAUGGUGUGAACUGUGAUGAAGAUUGCCGCUGUGUUCACGGAACGUGCGAUAACCGACCAGGCAGCGCUGGUGUGUGUCGGAGAGGUUCUUGUUUGGAGGGAUUCUCCGGGGACCUGUGUGACAAGACGGCCAUGCCGUGCAACGCAGAUGGACUGCUGCAGCAUUGUCACAUCCACGCAUACUGUAAUCAGACAGGACUGGCUAUUACGUGUGUAUGUAAGGAUGGAUAUGAGGGUGACGGUCACUCCUGUACUGCCAUCAACCCCUGUCUGAAGAGUAACCGAGGAGACUGCGACACCAAUGCUGAGUGUGUGUAUGCGGGUCCAGGUAAUGCUUCAUGUGUGUGUGCUGAGGGCUGGACGGGUGAUGGCAGAGUGUGUGUAGAGAUCAACAACUGUCUGCUGGAGAGUCGAGGAAGCUGCAGCACCAACGCGGACUGUAAACACAUCGGACCCGGACAGAGUGACUGUGUUUGUAAAACUGGAUACAUGGGCAAUGGAAAGAUGUGUGUCCUCAUCAACCCCUGCCUAAAAAAGAACGGAGGCUGCCAUGAGCUGGCAAAGUGUGAGAAGACAGAUGGUGGAGGUCACACCUGUACCUGUCCUGACGGCUACGCUGGAGACGGAAACAUUUGCUACGGAUCAUUACUUGACGAGCUGGAGAUGAAUGUAAAGAUGUACAGUUUCUACCGGCUGACUCAGCGUUUCAGUCAUGCCUUUGAGGACCUGAAUGGGAACUUAACUGUGUUGGUGCCUACUAGAGACGCUCUCAGGAACAUGAGUACAGCUGACAACUUAUUCUGGAACACCCGACACCACCUGCCUUACUUUCUGCGAUCGGAAGACAAUAUUGUAGACCUGCACAAGGCUGGAAUGGACUACAAGGCCAUCAGCAAGAAGCUUGGUGUCAUCCAAAUUGGAAAAGCAUCCAUCCUCACCCCCAACCUACCUGCGAUCAAUGGCUAUCUCCACGUCAUAGACAAGAUUCUGGCUCCGCCUCUCUCAGACCUCCCACCUGAGCCUCCCACACUUAUGGCUUUCCUAAACUCCUCUUCCAACUUCACGCUUUUCAGAGAGUAUGUUCUGAUGUACAACCUGUCUUCAAAUCUUACUGAGUCAUUUACACUUCUGCUGCCAACAGAUGAGGCUAUAAGGCAGCAUCUUAGCAGGACUAACACCUCCAUCCUGGACUCUGAUGUGUUCAAGUACCAUGUGAUUCUUAAUGAGCUGCUCUUCCCUGACCGCUUGCCUGAUGGCACACUGAAAAGCACUCUGCUUGGAACUGAGUACCAGGUCCAGUUCCACUUGGACAACAACAACCAGACAGUUGUGAAUGACAUUCCUCUUGACGGGAGCGUCACAGUAACCCAGAACGGAGUCAUCAUAACGCUCCCUCAGGUCCUCAAAGUCCGCCGCAACAGAUGCAGCAAAAUGACCUACCUGCAGGUCGAGGGAAGAUGUACAGACUGUGAUGGACCACCCCGAUGCAUUUUCUAUCACAAACCAAUCAAAAAACAGUUUCCAGCCAACAUGCAACCCAACUGUAGGUACAGGAAGCGGGUCGGAUCCAGGAGGAAGUCUGUGCUGGGCUGUGUCAUCAAAUGUCUCCGGACCACUAUGGAUCACUCCUGUUGCCCCGGUUACUAUGGCCACGAGUGCUUCAAAUGCCCCGGAGACGUCGGCAGCUGGUGCUCCAAUCACGGGGAAUGUCAUGAUGGUAACCAUGGCAAUGGCGAGUGCCGGUGCUACGAGGGUUUCCAUGGAACUGCGUGUGAGGACUGUGAGCCGGGGAGAUACGGAGUUAACUGCUCCUCCAAGUGUAAUUGUGCCAACGGGAAGUGUGAGGAUGGUCUGACAGGAAGUGGCAGGUGUGUGUGUUAUAAAGGCUGGAAAGGAGCCUCCUGCUCUCUAGAGAUCAAAGAUGACGCCUGUGGAGGUGUGUGUGACGAAAACGCCAACUGCAUAACAGGGCCACAGGGAACAGCUGCUGUCUGCGUGUGCACGGCUGGAUAUGAAGGAAACGGAACCUACUGCAAAGAGCUGGAUUUGUGCAGCCGGUCUAACGGCGGAUGCUCAGAGUUUGCCGUUUGUACCAAAGUGGCAGCGGGAAUGAGGACCUGUACCUGUAAACAGGGGUACACUGGAGAUGGGGUCAUCUGCCUCGGUAUGUGGUCCUAAACCCUAACCUGGACCUCUAUAAAUCCACCAAGACCAAGAGGUUUUGUAGAUCAAAGUUCUUAGACAUUAUUGGAAAUGCUGAAGUCGCCUUCAAGUAAUGAUUUCAGA